GGCACUUCCGGGAGCGGCGCGGGGCGGCGGGGGAACCAUGAGCUGGAUACCGUUCAAGAUCGGGCAGCCCAAGAAACAGAUUGUACCCAAGACAGUGGAGAGAGACUUUGAAAGGGAAUAUGGAAAGCUUCAGCAAUUGGAAGAUCAGACCAAAAAACUUCAGAAGGAUAUGAAGAAAAGCACAGAUGCAGACUUGGCCAUGUCCAAGUCAGCUGUCAAGAUCUCCUCAGACCUGCUGUCCAACCCCCUGUGUGAACAAGAACCCAGCUUCCUGGAGAUGGUCACGGCCUUCGACACUGCCAUGAAGAGAAUGGACUCUUUCAACCAGGAGAAGGUGAAUCAGAUCCAAAAGACAGUCAUAGAGCCUUUGAAAAAGUUCAGCAGCGUGUUCCCCAGCCUGAACAUGGCAGUGAAGAGACGGGAACAAACUCUCCAGGACUACAAGCGUCUUCAGUCCAAGGUGGAGAAAUAUGAGGAGAAGGAGAGAACUGGCCCUGUCCUCGCCAAGCUGCACCAGGCCCGUGAAGAGCUGAGGCCAGUCAAGGAGGACUUUGAAGCCAAAAACAAGCAGCUCCUGGAGGAAAUGCCCAAGUUCUACAGCAGCCGCAUCGAUUACUUCAAACCCAGCUUUGAGUCCCUGGUCCGAGCACAGGUUGUUUACUACACAGAGAUGCACAAGAUCUUUGGGGACCUGACAGCACAGAUUGACCGGCCCGGCCUGAGUGACGAGCAGCGGGAGAGGGAGAACGAUGCCAAGCUGAGUGAGCUGAGGGCCUUGUCCAUCGUGGCUGAUGACUGAGGACCAUCCUGAUGACAGGGAAAAGGGGCUGGGGAACCCCCAGGCUGCUCCCCACCUUUUUCCCCUCCACUCAGGGGGACUUGAGCUCCCUUUGCCCCUGCCACGUGUGGACUCGAGGACUUGAGCUCCCUUUGCCCCUGUGGCUCUGCCUGCCUGCCAGGAGAAAUGAUUGUUGGGGUGGGGGGGGGGAUGCACAGCAGGGCCCCCACACACACACAGCCAGAUUUCUGGGUCAUCUCAGCCCCUCCUGCAACCAGGUUUUUCCUUAAGGUAAGGGUCUGCAGUGGAGUGGGGAAGGAAAUCACCCAACUCAGCAGAAAAUGAGGAGUGGGCCUGCACCCACCCCAGCUCCAGAUCCAGCCCAGGCUCCUUUCCCUUCUGGCAGGAAAAGGGGGUCACUCCUGCUGGCUGUGCCAUUCAUUUUGUGCCUUGGGGGGCCAGCAGCCCCCCCCGACCCUCCCCGGGUGGGGGGGUGGUAAAAUCAUUGCAAUUAAAUGUUUUGAGACAUUG